CGUCAAUCACCUAUUCCGCUAUCUACGGAGUCAAGCGUCAUGUAAUGUUGAUGUUGAAGAUGCUAUAGUGAGGCUGAGUGCUGUGCACAGGAAUGCUUGCAAGGAUGCUUUGCUCCUGCUGGACGAUCAGCCAUCUAGUCAUCACCUGCAGCAGCAAAUUAAACCCUCCAAUUCCGUUGUAAGUGGUAGCCGUCAAAAUAUCUCUGACUACAACGGGAAUAGAAAUUUAAGGAGUAUUAAUAAUUGCAACGCUCUUCAUAAUGGUGGUAACAUAGAUUAUGAUUAUGAUGACGGUCUCAAAAGUGACAGUAAUAAUAAUUAUAACAACACUAACAAAAUGUUAGUACCUCACCAGUUAAACGAUGGUUUUUCAAAUAUUAAUACUGAAGUGUUUAAGCACGACAAAAACAAAAGUAGCAUUUUGAUGAAUGGUUGCACUGAAUCAAAAAACGAACAUGAAGAUGGCAAUGGUGAUAACGAAACAGAUGUUAUUCGAUGCGUAUGCAACAUAUACAAUGAUGAAGGUGUCAUGAUCCAGUGUGAAAAAUGCGAGACUUGGCAACACUGCAUGUGCAUGGGCGUGAAAGGUGAUGAAGAGGAGUACAUGUGUGAGUUGUGUCAACCCAGACAAAUUAGUCAGGAGAUUCUUCUAGUGCCACAGCCAGACCAUGGAUUGCCUCUUUGUAGGUACUACAUCACGUUGUUGAGGGACGACAGGCUGCAAGUGAGGGUCGGUGACUGUGUGUAUGUUUCUCAGGAGUCAUCCACUGACAACACUGCCGAUGAAGAGAAGGUAUUGGACAAGCGGGAGUUCGGUAUAUUCAGGGUUGAACGACUCUGGAGAAAAUACAAUGGUGAUGGGUGUGCUUCAGGAUAUUACUACGUGCGACCUCAUGAAACUUUCCAUGAACCAAAUCGUAAAUUUUUUCCUAAUGAAGUUUUUAGGACGCCUCGCUAUCACGUUAUUCCAAUUGAAAAUGUAGUUGGUACAUGUUGCGUUAUGGAUCUCAACACAUACUGCAAGGGCCGACCGCUGAGUGUUACAAACAGCGAAGAUCUCUAUAUAUGCGAUUAUAGAGUUGAUGAAACUGCUCGACUUUUCUACAAAAUUUCAAAAACUAAACAUCCGAUUAACACGAAUUUUUACUGCUUCCACCAUUAUACUACAAAAUUGAAACCUAAAAGGACGUAUAUGCCUCAUCAGAUAAACAAGCCUUAGAAAGCCACACUUACAGACAAUUACAAAUUUUGAUAUUAUUAAAAAUAAUAUUUAUAAAAUUUCUGUUUGUGCCAUAAAGUAAUUUAUAAACUGAAAAUAUUUUACACAUUUUUUUUAGAUAGUAUUUUAUUUGCGUCAUUUAAUUUAGUUAUACCAGAUUCCCGGCAACUUGAAAAAUAAGAAUGGUUUUUAAUUGACGAGCGCUAGGACUGUUAGAUGAUGUUAACAAACUACAGUUGGGUUCAAACCUAAAAAUGUUUAUAAUUUUGGAAAAUUUAGAAAAAAUUAUUAUUAUAGGAAUAUUUGUAAAGCUUUCUAUUUUAGUUUGCUCAGCUAACAAUAAUAAAACUAACAUUAUGUGGCAGCUUAUAAUCAAAAAUUUCCAGAAAACUGUU